AUUACUAGUAGCAUAAAAAUGCGCUGAUGUCCCGAAGAAAGUGCAGGUUACACACAGCUUAAAAAUGCGCUCUUGCUGACCCCUAGUUGCAACCAAGACUUGAGUCCCUCGUCCCAUGGACUCCCAAACACACACAGAGGAAGAAGGAGCGGAACAUCUCUUCCGACGCUUGCAGGAUUCUCCGGAUGAUGCCUCACUGCAUUUUGAUAUUGGCUUGUUCUUAUGGGACAAAGGAGGAGAAGCUAAGGAAAACAAGGAAAAAGCUGCCGAACAUUUCAUUCUCUCGGCCAAAUUGAACCCUAAGAAUGGAGAAUCUUUCAAAUAUCUGGGUCAUUACUAUGGACGCGUUUCCCUUGAUACUCAGAGAGCCCUCAAGUGUUUUCAACGAGCCAUCGCUCUCAAUCCUGAUGAUUCCGAGUCUGGGGAAGCUCUGUGCAAUUUACUUGACCAAGAAGGAAAGGACAGUCUGGAGGUGGCAGUAUGCCUGGAAGCUUCUCAAAUGUCACCAAGAGCUUUCUGGGCUUUUCGCAGAUUGGGAUUCCUGCAGGUUCACCAAAAUAAAUGGUCAGAAGCUGUUCAGAGUCUUCAACAUGCCAUUCGAGGAUAUCCUAAAUGUGCUGAUCUGUGGGAAGCCUUGGGGCUUGCUUAUCAGCGACUGGGAAGAUUUACUGCAGCUGUGAAGUCUUAUGGCCGUGCAAUUGAAUUAGACAACACGAUGGUCUUUGCUUUGGUUGAAAGUGGAAACAUCUCUUUAGCACUUGGUUCAUUUAAAAAGGGAGUUGAACAAUUUCAACAAGCUUUGGAGAUUUCACCAGAUUGCGUGCCUGCACAAUAUGGUCAUGCUUUGGGGCUACUUGGUUUGGCAAAAGAUUGCAUCAACCUAGGAGCAUAUCAGUGGGGGGCUUCAUUGUUAGAGGAAGCAUCUGAGGUUUCUUGGGGAAGUGCUUAUUCUUUUCGGAAUAUCUCGUGUAUUUGGAAACUACAUGCUGAUAUUAAGCUUGCAUAUGCAAGAUGUUACCCUUGGAUUGAGGAUGUCCAAGAAAUGGAAUCUGAUAAGGAAGCUUUCACUGCUUCUAUCGUUGCUUGGAGGAAGACCCGUUUUCUGGCUGCAAGACAUGCUAGAUUUUCAUACCAACGAGCCCUGCACUUGUCUCCAUGGCAAGCAAACAUCUAUGCUGAUAUUGCAAUAACUUCAAAUCUUAUGACCUCAUUGAACAAAAAUGACAACCAAGAAUUAAAUGAUGCAUGCAGGCAGCUAGCAGAGAAGAUGACCAUGGGAGCCUUGCUACUUGAGGGUGCCAAUUAUGAGUUCUGGGUGGCAUUGGGAUGUUUGUCUGAUCAUAAUGCACUCAAUCAACAUGCUUUGAUUAGGGGAUUGCAAUUAAAUGGAUCUCUAGCGAUUGCUUGGGGGUAUCUUGGAAAGCUGUAUUAUAAAGCGGGUGAGAAGCAGUUGGCAAGACAUGUGUUUGAUCGUGCUAGAAGUAUUGAUCCUGGUCUUGCAUUGCCAUGGGCAAGCAUGUCAGCUGAGUCUUGUGUUAGUAGGGAGCUUGCACCAGAUGAAGCAUUUCAGAGCUGUUCCCGAGCUGUGCAGAUCAUGCCUUUAGCUGAAUUCCAAAUUGGGCUCACUAAGCUAGCUUUGCUGAGUGGCCAUCUUUCAUCUUCACAGGUUUUUGGAGCCAUUGAGCAGGCCAUGCAGCAUUCUCCUUAUUAUCCUGAAUCCCACAAUUUACAUGGCCUGGUUUGUGAAGCUCGAAAAGAUUACAAGUCUGCUGCCACUUUAUAUAGGUUAGCACGUCAUGCAAUAAGUAGUGGCUCGUGGAGUAUUCAAAACUCGCAUAUCAGGGAUAUAUCAAUCAAUUUGGCCAGAUCACUUUCUAAGGCAGGGAAUGCUGCUGAUGCUGUGCAGGAAUGUGAAAAUUUGAAGAAAGAAGGUUCAGGGGCACUUGAUGAAGAAGGUUUACAAGUAUAUGCUUUCUCAUUGUGGCAACUUGGUGAAAAUGAUUUGGCUCUCUCUGUAGUUAGAAAUCUGGUUGCAAAUCUUUCUUCUAUGGAAAAGACAUAUGUUGCGACAUCCAUCUGUUUCAUCUGUAGAUUAGUAUACUUCAUAAGUGGACUGGAUGCAGUCAUCACAGGCAUUGUGAAAAUGCCAAAGGAGCUAGUUGGAAGUUCAAAAGUUUGUUUUGUGGUGUCAGCUAUCAACGCUCUUGAUGGAGCAAAUCGUCUUGGAUUUGUUGUAUCAAGUACCCGGUAUUUUCUCAAAAAUCAUGAAGAAAUUGCCAGGAUGCACUUUUUAGUAGCGCUUGGUAAACUGGUGAAAAAUGAUUCUGAUUGCUGCCUUGACAUUCAGAGUGCUGUUGCCCACCUCAGGAAAGCACUACACAUGUUUCCUAACAGUAAUUUGAUGAGGAACCUUCUUGGCUAUCUCUUACUCUCCAGUAAAGAGUUGAACAAUUGUCAUGUGGCGACACGGUGUUGUAAACUGGACCAUUUUGAUCUUUGUGAUCAAGGUUUAAAAUCAGCUUCUGAUAUUCAUGGUGCUGAAGCAGUUGCUUGUUGUGCCGCUGGCAAUCCAAAGCUUACUUUUCCAACUUGUAUGAAGCAGUGUUCGAGUCAUCCUGGAGUUAUCAGAUACCUGCAGAGAUGCUUUCAUCAGAAACCAUGGAGUCAUGAUGCCCGCUACUUGCUUAUUCUUAACUAUCUCCAGAGUGCACGUGAACGGAGAUUUCCUCACCAUCUUUGUCGUAUACUAAAUCGUCUAAUUCAUUAUUCUCUCUCAAAUGAAUUGAAUAGCAAGACAGAAACGCUGUAUCAAUAUAGCCACUUCCAACUUCUACUUUGUGCUUCUGAGAUCAGUUUACAACGUGGGAAUCACAUGACCUGUAUCACCCAUGCCAAAAAGGCUUCUCAACUUGUGCUUCCUGAUGAUUAUAUAUUCUUUGCACAUCUACUAUUGUGCCGUGUUUAUGCCAUGAAAGGUGAUCGUCUAAAUUUUCAGAAAGAGUAUAUAAGGUGCUUCGAGCUGAAGACAGAUUGUCAUAUUGGUUGGAUCUGUCUCAAACUUAUGGAAUGUCAAUAUGAAAUGCUAAUCAAUUCAAAUUUCAUGGACUUAAGCAUUGAAGAAUGCAUUGAAAAGGGUGGGAAUAGAUGGAUGGCUGUGUAUAACCUGGUGAAAGGUAUGGUUUCCUUGCAGAGGAGGGAUUUACUCUCAGCAGAAGAGUUCAUGGCACAGGCUUGUUCAUUGGUUGGUUUUGAUAGCAGCGUCUUUCUAUGUCAUGGUGCGAUCUGUAUGGAGCUUGUCAGGCAGUGUGGUGGUCCUCAGUUCCUAUCACAGGCCGUGAAGAGCCUUACCAAAGUGUAUGAGCUAUCACUGGCCCCCUUACCUUUUACCUCAAUAUUGGUGGCUCAAGCAGAAGGAAGCCUUGGUUCUAAGGAGAGGUGGGACAGAAAUCUUCACCUUGAAUGGUGCACAUGGCCUUCAGAAAUGAGGCCAGCAGAGCUCUACUUUCAUAUGCAUCUGCUUGCAAGACAGCUGAAAGUUGGGCUUAGAACUACAUCUAACGUAGAGUCCUACCAGAGUCCUCUGAGAUGGGUUAUUCGGGCAAUUCACAUUAAUCCUUCUUGCAUGCGAUACUGGAGAAUUUUACAAAAGCUUACGGAGUAGACUUGAAAACUGAAGGAAAAGGUUUCAGGAGUGUCAUGACUCUUGAGGGAUGGGCUUCUUAUGUCUAUCUGAAUUGGAUAAUAAAAAUAGUUAAACAGACCCUUGUUUAAAAAAAAGGUGAGUGGAAAUAUGGAAUUUCUGGUAUAGACCUAAGAAGAGUUAAAUGAAAGAUAUAUCUUAAAAUUGACUUUGAUUCCAAAAUUCAGAUGCAGUUUGUGUUA